CUCAUGGCGAGCGGUGCUCGGCACAUGCGUGGCCGUUCAUGAUCUUAUGCGAAGGCCUGACGUGAGAACUGAUCCACAAUCCUCAUCCAACUGGAGCUGUCAAAAACAAUGCUAUUCGUACAGCAUUGCAGAUGAUGUGCCUGUGGCGGACAACACGAUGUCAUAAAACAGGCAUUCCCUCCGUGAACGAGGCAUCCUUUCCCCAUUCUCCAUUUCUUCUUCUUCUCCACUCUUCUACUCCACGAUGGUCGGGUUGAACCUGCAUCUCAACAGCACCGAGGGUUGUACCUUCAUUGGGAUUCUCUUCUCCUUGACAUUGUAUGGCAUUACGCUUGCGCAGACUCUAUUCUACGUUCAGCGGUAUUCGAACGAUCAUGUUUCAUUCAAGGCCUUGACGGCCGCUCUGUGGAUACUGGACACGGCAAAGGAGAUGAUCACCCUGCAGAUCCUAUACUUCGUAUUUGUUCAAGGGCAUGGCAACAUCCUGUCACUUCUCACACUUCCAAGGACAUAUGGGGCCGAACAUGCUCUCGCCGCCACUACAGUAUUUGUUGUGCAUAGCUUCUACAUCCAUAAUGUCUGGAGAAUGAUGACAAAAAAACGCUAUCAAGUUCCGCUUACCGUUGUUGGUCUUGUUCUAGCUCUCACGUCAUAUGCUGCAAGUUGGGGAGUGGUCUACAGGGUGUAUGGGAGCGGUGACCUCGCCUCCGACGUGACGCAUGUGCUAACUCCAGGUCGUGUGCAAGCUGCGUUUGCAUCCGCGACGGACAUAUAUAUCGCAACUUCGAUGUGUCUCGUGCUGCGUGAGGCCACGACAGGAUUCGGACCAACACAGACUGUUGUUGCGAAACUGAUUAGCUACGCGAUCAACCGCGGGGUCGUGCUGACCGUGCUGCAGAUCCUUCAAGUUGGGCUGACGGCAUCGACCGAUACGGAACUGGACCAGAUCUUCUACUUUCCUCUGAGCACGGUAUACGUCAACUCAGUGCUUGCUGUGUUGAAUGCGCGGGGACAUUUGCGCGAAAAGAAGAAUGGAACCGAAUAUGCACUACCACUCAAUGAAUCCAAUGUCUCAGCAUCCACGUUUCAUUCCGGGCACCAUCAAGCCGCUGUAAUGCCCAAAUCGAGGAAUAUUGAUAUUUGUUAAUCAUUUUAUGAUGACACUGUUUGUCGUUGUAUUGCCAACUUAUGAUCCUGGUCGUUGGGUUAAUUUCCGUGUGUUGCUCUGGUGUCGACGAGAAAAUCCUAUAGCCUUUGCUCACGGUGUAUAUGUGCUGCUUCCCAUGCAUUUCAUAGGCU